AUGGCGGGUGCUUCAUCCGGCGCUGGCCGCGAUACUGAUAGCGGUUAUGCAGAAUCAUUUGCAUGGAGAUCUAGCCGAACCGUCUCAGUUAACCAAGAUGCGUCGUUGUUGUCGUGGGGUAGUGGCAGCGCACCCUCCUUACCAUCGGUAGAUAAUGAAUCUCAAGCGGAUACUAUGUCGAUUUCGGAGAGCUUGCGAUCCUCAACUGCAUCAAUAAAUUCCAGUUUAUACCAUUUCAUUCAAGAAAACGGUCGGACUUAUCAUAGAUACAAGGAAGGCAGAUAUUUUCUACCAAAUGAUGCUGAAGAGCAAGAAAGAUUAGACCUUCAACAUCAACUUUUCAUAAUAGCUAUAGGGAAUAAACUUAACAUAGCCCCUAUACCAGAUAAUCCUCCAAGGGUGUUAGACAUUGCCACAGGGACAGGUAUAUGGGCUAUAGAGUUCGCUAUCCAACAUCCCAGAUCAGAGGUUAUCGGAACGGACCUAAGUCCUAUCCAACCCGAAUUUUUACCGGAAAACUGUAGGUUCGAGAUCGACGAUGCGGAGGACGAGUGGGUUUAUAGUGAACCAUUUGACUUCAUCCACGGGCGCGCACUCAUGAGCUGCUUCAACGACCCCGCCGCCGUCGUGCGACAAGCAUUCGCGAACCUAGCGCCCGGUGGUGUCUUAGAGUUCCAAGACGCUUUGUUCCCUAUGAAUUACAUCGGGGAGCCGCCUCGGGAGUCCGCCUUGUACCGGUGGAACGAGAAAAUGUUGGAGGGUGUAGCGCGGCUAGGUCGCUCCUGGAGCAAUGCUCAGAAUUAUCAUCGCUAUUUCGAGGAGGCGGGCUUUGAAGAUAUCGUUGAGAAGCGCUUUUACUGGCCUACGAGCCCCUGGGCCAAGGGCUUGUAUUUCAAGACUGUCGCUACGUAUUUUCAGGAGGAUAUGUUGAUGGGACUUGAGGGUGUCAGUCUCAAGGUGCUGGCGGGUUUAGGCAUGUCGCCUGAAGAAGUGCGCGAGUUCGCCGAAGAGGUUAAGAAGGAUUUCAAGGAUACUAGUAUACACGCUUAUUUGACAGUAACGUACAUAUAUGGCAAGAAACCGAACCGCACGACUGCACGGUAACGCGUACAUAUCAACUCCAAUGAUAAUAUUCAUUAAUUAUGGUGAUACUAUACACCAAGGCCUAUUCGACUACAUGACUGUUCUCAAGCUUAGACCGAAGCGAGAGAUGAGCGCGAUUCCGGUAUUCACAACAACUACAACGUAGCGGCAAAUUACUUCACGAUAAAUGCGGCUGCGGACGUCGUGUGAAGUUACCCUGCUCUUUCACUUGUUAUGCCAAUUGUAACCCUUCAAUUGGCAAUCGUUAGCUUCUACUGCAUCAAUGAGUACUCUCUAGUUCGGGCCGAAGUGCCUAGAUCCGAAAUGACGUCCCGACGGCCUGGAUCUCUGUUAUUUUACUAAACACAUAUCCCCUACUUCCGGGAGGGGCAGCGUUCGGUUAUUACCUGUUUAACGUCGUAUUCCGUCCAAUGGCGAAUGUCCCCCUUGAAUGCUGAUUGCGGAAGUCUUUAGUUUCCAGUACAAUUUUACCCAUUCCAUCACAUACCUAAAUGAGGGAUAAAUCACAUGAAAACUUGGAUUAUUUUAUUACCUUGUCUACGUCGGCGCUAACAUAACGAAAUCGGACUAAUUUACAGCCUUAAGGCUUGUCCGGGAA